CCCUAAGGUACCCUGUCUGCGUCUGCAAAGUUGUUUGCGGGGAACCGAGCGUGCCACGUCUACUAAGACCGGGAGCCAUGAACUUGGCCGGGAGCAGAGCUCCCCCCAGUCCUUAAACCGCGUCCACUUCGGCAAAGCAGGCAUUGAUUUCAUGUAGUCGGGUAGGUUUCCCCCAGAGCGGCUCGCUUUGGAAGGACGCCUGUGCUGCCGGCCGGGGCAUCAUGAGACUGGACCUGUGGCCAGCCCUGCUGGCCGUGCUGCUGGCCCUGGCAGGGGGGGCGCUGAUCCCGGAACCCGAGGUGAAGAUCGAGGUGCUGCAGAAGCCUUUCAUCUGCCAUCGGAAGACCAAAGGCGGCGAUAUGAUGCUGGUGCAUUACGAAGGUUACUUAGAGAGGGACGGAUCCUUGUUUCAUUCCACCCACAAACACAACAAUGGCCAGCCCAUCUGGUUUACUCUUGGCAUCCUGGAGGCUCUUAAAGGUUGGGACCGAGGUCUGAAGGGCAUGUGUGUGGGGGAGAAGAGGAAGCUCACCAUCCCCCCUGCCCUCGGGUAUGGAAAAGAAGGGAAAGGUAAGAUUCCCCCUGAGAGUACACUCAUAUUCAACAUCGAUCUCCUGGAAAUUCGAAAUGGACCAAGAUCCCACGAGUCAUUCCAAGAGAUGGAUCUCGAUGACGACUGGAAACUGUCCAAACAGGAGGUUAAAGUCUAUUUGAAGAAAGAGUUUGAAAAACAUGGGGCAGUGGUCAAUGACAGUCACCAUGAUGACUUGGUGGAAGACAUCUUUGACAAAGAAGACGAGGACAAAGAUGGCUUUAUAUCUGCAAGGGAAUUUACGUACAAACACGAUGAGUUGUAGAGAAACAUCCCUCUGGCCCAGCCUAUGGAGGGCGACCAGAAUUUUUGAGCCUUAUUUUCUAGCAAUGUUGAUUCUGUCUGUUAAGUUGGUAUUUAUUCAUAGCAAAGAAGUAAUUGUCUCCUGCUGUGUGUCUCGGAAUCUUAAAAGGAAUCAUUUGAGCACGAAUGCUAACUGCCCCUUUCUCCCUAAUGAGCUGUGGACCUAGGGGAUGGAGGAUACUUUGUUGUAGAAUCAUAGAUUUAGAGUCGGAAGCCCAUAUGGUCUGACCCUCCUAUUAUGUGGAUGAGGAAAGUGACACCCUUAGACGGGAAGUGUCUUCCCCAAGGUCACCUGGGGCCUCUGACUCCAUCUCCCAGUUUUCCCAGCACACCCCAAUCCCUUGUCUUUGAGCAUGUGAGUCUCUCUCGUACCUGCAGCCUGACAUUUAACUAACUUGCUCAUAAUUUUAAAUAUGGUGGCUGUAAACACUCCUCAGCAUCAGAUUUAAUGCAAUCACAAACCACACAGUUCUCUCUCUACCACCCACCAUUUUCUGGAAGUUAGCUGCAUUCUAUUGGGAAAAGCCUAAGGCUGUCUCUUUUCAUGGUGCGAUGAAACAGCCUGAUUUUUUGAUUUUUGAAUCGUUGGCAUGUGAAGCACUGAGGAAAAUGUUUAUUCAGAUUUAUUUGUUCCAGUUGUUGCUUUAGUUAAGAAAAAUGUGAGUAGCUCAAAUGGUUAAUGAUACAGAAUAAAAACAAUAAAUGGGUGUGCAUUGUAAA